CUUUGUGGUCUUGGUCAAUUGUUCUUUGUGACCUUUUCACUUUGAGACUUUCCCAGUCUAUAACUCAAUUCAGAACCUGUUUGUUUGUCUUCCCCUCUCACGCACACUUUUUCGAUCUUGUUUUCCUCUUUUAUAUUUCUUCUCUUCUGUGAUUAUGCAUUUGUUUUUGUUAUCAAAUAAUUGUUAAAAUCUUGGUGGAAGUGAUGAGUCCAAUACUAGUCUGGAGGGAUCUUUCAUCUUCAAAUUAUUCAGGUUGUUAAUUCUCAUAUAGUAGAGCUUUGAUCAAUGGCCACUAAAAAAGUCAAAGAAGCCUCCCCAUCAAUGUUUCGAUGUUCUUACCACGUUUUCUUGAGUUUCAGGGGUGAAGAUACCCGCAAGACCUUUACCGAUCAUCUUUAUACAGCUUUAGUUCAUGCAGGAAUUCACACGUUUAGAGACGAUGACGAACUUGAGAGAGGAGAAGAAAUUGAUUUAAACCUACAUAGGGCAAUUGAGGAAUCGAGGAUUUCAAUAAUUGUUUUGUCAAAAGACUAUGCAUCUUCGGGAUGGUGUCUUAAUGAACUUGUGAAGAUACUUGAACGGAAGAGAACUGUCGAUCACAUAAUAUUGCCGGUGUUCUACCAUGUUGAUCCAUCACAUGUCAAGAAGCAAACGGGGAGUUUUGCAGAAGCAUUUGCAAAACAUAAAGAGGAAUUGAAGGUGGAGAACAAUGAAAGAAAACAAAAGGGGCUCGCGAAGGUAGAGAGGUGGAGGGCGGCUCUUAGAGAAGUUGCAGAUUUGCCAGGGAUGGUCUUAAAAGAUGGGCAUGAGGCAAGGUUUAUUAAGCAAAUCAUCAAGGAGAUUGCAAAUAAAUUGAAUAGAACAAUCUUUAGUCUGCCCCCCUACCAAAUUGGAAUUGAUUCUCGUGUAGAAGAAAUUAAUUCUUGGUUACAAGAUGGAUCAGCAGAUGUUGGCAUUGUGACAAUAUGUGGGAUGGGUGGAAUAGGGAAGACAACCAUUGCCAAAAUAGUUUAUAAUCUGAAUUUUGACAGAUUUGAAGCUAGUAGUUUUCUAGCAAAUAUUAGAGAAAUAUCAGAACAACACAAUGGCUUGGUUUGUUUGCAAAGAAGACUGCUGCAGGAUAUUUUGAAGGGGAAACAAAAAAAAAUUUGUAGUGUCCAUGAAGGUAUUGUUAGGAUUAAAGAUGCUCUAUGUUGUAAAAGAGUUUUGCUUGUUCUUGAUGAUGUGGAUCAAGUGGACCAAUUAAAUGCAGUGCUCGUAAUGCAAGAUUGGUUUUAUCCAGGAAGUAAAAUUAUCAUAACUACUAGGCGUGAGCACUUGAUGAAGGCACAAAAACUGUACAAGUUGCAUAAGGUCAAGGAAUUAAAUGACGAUGAAUCACUUGAGCUCUUAAGUUGGCACACCUUUCGACAAAACCACCCCAUUGAAGGUUACGAGGAGCACUCAAAAAGAGUUGUGAGCUACUGCAGAGGGUUGCCUUUAGCCCUUCAAGUUUUGGGUUCUUCUUUAUUUCAAAGAAAUUUAGAUGUAUGGGAAAGUGCAUUAAAGAAAUUGAAAGCGAUUCCUGAUAGCCAAAUCCUUACAAAACUUAAAAUAAGUUUUGAUUCUUUGCAAGAUGACCAUGACAGAAAUUUGUUCUUAGAUGUUGCUUGUUUCUUUGUGAAAAAGACAAAGAUUUCACAAUUACAGCUAGAUGGAUGUGAUUUCUACACUAAAGCAGGGAUUGACAACCUCAUUGAUAGAUGCCUGUUAAUAAUUGAUCAAAAGAACAAGUUGAUGAUGCAUCAAUUGCUUCAAGAUAUGACACAAGAAAUUAUAUGGCAAGAAUCAACUGAAGAACCUGAGAAAAGGAGCAGACUAUGGCAUCAUAAGGAUGCAUUCAAUGUAUUAAUUGAAAAAACUGGGACAGAAACAGUUGAAGGCCUCAUCCUCAACAUGAACGGGUUUAACGAAGAGGAGCCAUCCAGGAGGGUAAAUAAUUCAAAAAGACAUCAUUCUGAAUAUUUUCAUGGCAACUCAUCAUUCCUUUAUAAAGGCAGUUCACCAUCAUCAAAGCGACGUCGUCUAAGCUUCUCUUGGCUCUCCAUGAAUUCUUCCUCAACAGAAUCAUUUCCAACAUCUAAAGAAGUAAAUAUACACACUGAUGCAUUUUCAAGAAUGCAGAGACUGAGAAUACUCCAGCUCUAUAAUGUAUGGCUUACUGGAUACUAUGAAGAAUUUCCUAAGAAGUUAAGAUGGCUUUGUUGGCAUGGGUUCCCUUUAAAAUCUAUACCCAAUGAUUUUUCUUUGGAGAGCUUGGUUGCACUUGAUAUGAGCUAUAGCAACCUGGAACGAGUUUGGAAUGGAACAAAGUUGCUCAGAUUAUUAAAAAUCCUCGAUCUCAGUCAUUCUCAUCGCCUCACCAAUACACCUGACUUCUCAGAACUGCCUAAUCUUGAGAGAUUGUUUUUUAAAGAUUGCAUAAAUUUGAUUGAGGUUCAUGGGUCCAUUGGAGAAUUAGGCAGACUUGUUUUGUUAAAUCUAGAAAACUGCAAAAACCUUAAGAAGCUUCCACACAAUAUUGGUCACUUAAAAUCCCUUGAAAAACUCUUUCUCUCUGGUUGCUCAAAGCUGAAUGAGUUGCCUACAGAGCUGGGCAAGAUGGAAUCUUUGAAGGUGUUUGAGGCAGAUGAAACUGCCAUACAUCAGUCACUCUCUAUCAUUGGUGAGGAAAUAUCAUGGGGUUCAGUGUUGCGGUCAUGGAUGUUGACACCAAGAAAGAGUCCUACAUCCAUUGGAUUUUCAUUGGCUUCUUUGUCACGCUCAUUAGUAAGCUUAAGUCUUGAAGAUUGCAAUCUGUCAGAUGAUGCUAUUCCAAAGGAUCUUGGUGGCCUAUCCUUGCUGCAGCACUUGGAUCUAAAUAAAAACCCCAUUUGUAAUCUACCAGAUAGUAUCAGGGACCUUACUGCACUCCAGAAACUUGAGCUAGCACAUUGCACAAAACUCCAUUCACUUCCGGAGCUUCCAAUGAGUUUAAAUAACUUAAAUAUACAUAAAUGCAGUUCGUUGGAAAUGGUAACAAAUCUUCCAAACCUGUUGAGAUCACUGGUGCUGGCGAUAACUUCUUGUGACAGCCUAGUUGAGAUUCAGGGAUUAUUCAAGCUAGUACCCAUAAAGAACAUUAAUGCAGAGAUGUUCAAUAAUAUGGGUUGGUUCAACUUGGAAGCAAUGGGAAAGGUCGAGGUGACUUUAUUCAAUGUCAUGACAAUAAGAACAGUGAAAGUUCCCCUUCAGGGACUUUAUGAAUUUAUUAUAUUCAACACUUUUCUUCCUGGAAAUGAGGUUCCAAGCUGGUUCAGCAAUAAGAGCACGGGAUCCUCAAUUUGUUUGAAUGUGCCUUCACUUCCUAAUCUCAAAAUCCAAGGCUUGAAUGUAUGUGUUGUGUAUGAGCAAACAUAUGCAAAAUCUGAUGACCGAAGAAAUGAGUACUGGGAUAAUAUUUUUAUUAGAACCAGCAAUAAGACCAAGGGUUUUAAGUGGAUCUAUAGUCCCACUUUUGUGGGACUUCCAAAAGACAAUGAACAUAUGAUAUGGUUAAGCCAUUGGAAGAUCGGAAAUCAAUUGGAAGGUGGCGAUGAAGUGGAUGUUACAGUGUUUUUGUGGGCUUAUAUGAAGCUAAAAGAGUUUGGCAUUCAAGUUGUGUAUGAGCAAGAAGAGAACAAUACACAGCAGGGAGACUUGUAUCCUUCUUUUCAUAAUGUUGUCAACGAAGAUCUGUCGGCAUAUCAAGUCAGCACAGGCAUGUACUUCCUCUGCCAUCAUGAUUUUGACAUCUAUCAAGACUGCUCAAAAAGUGGUGGCUGGACUUCCAAAGGCUGGUAUGACUUCUUAUUUGGUGACUCUGUAACGACUGCACUGCGUAAAUAUUUCAAUAAUAUUUCGGGUGACUACCCUCUUAAUUAUAUGAUUAUAUGUUUCGUUGGAAGUGGUAACAAAUCUUUCAAACCUGUUAAGAUCACUGGUACUGGCUACAACUUUUUGGACUUUAUGAAUUUAUUAUAUUCAACACUUUUCUUCCUGGAAAUGAGGUUCCAAACUGGUUCAGCAAUAAGAGCAAAAUCUGAUGAUCGAAGAAAUGAGUACUGGGAUAAUAUUUUUAUUAGAACCAGCAAUAAGACCAAGCGUUUUAAGUGGAUCUAUAGUCCCACUUUUGUGGGACUUCCAAAAGACAAUGAACAUAUGAUAUGGUUAAGCCAUUGGAAGAUCGGGAAUCAAUUGGAAGGUGGCGAUGAAGUGGCUAUUACAGUGUUUUUGUGGGCUUAUGUGAUGUUGAAAGAGUUUAGCAUUCAAGUUGUGUAUGAGCAAGAAGAGAACAAUACCCAACAGGGAGACUUGUAUCCUUCUUUUCAUAAUGUUGUCAACGAAGAUUUGUCGGCUUAUCAAGUCGGCACAAGCAUGUACUUCCUCUGCCAUCAUUAUUUUGACAUCUAUCAAGACUGCUCAAAAAGUGGUGGCUGGACUUCCAAAGGCUGGUAUGACUUCUUAUUUGGUGGCUCUGUAACAACUGCACAGUGUAAAUAUUUCAAUAAUAUUUCGGAUGGCUACCCUCUUGAUUCAUAA